AAGCAUACAUUCAUUCAGUGACUGAUCGGUACUUCCCGUGUAGAGGAAUGUUUUCUUGUUAACGCAAAUAAUUGGAGAUGUUCAAUUUGAGGCAAUCUUGCAUCAAAAAUAUAAACCUCAGUCUGAGUUUGGUCAUGGAGAUAUGGAACUGGUGCAAACCAAGUCUUCACUAGAUAUUCUGGCAGAUCAAGGCAGUCCUCUUCUGCAGGAUCCAGACAUGCUACCCUAUACCGGUUAUCCCAGCAUGCAGUAUCCAUCCAUGGACACGGCAAUGUCGUCCAUGCCAUACUACUGCAAUCAGAACUACUACCCUCAGUACAAUGCAGAUGAGUGGUACUCACACACAGGGAUUUAUGAACUCAGAAAAGGACCCCUGGAAGUCAACUAUGAUGCGGAGAUGGAGGUGGUGUCCACUGUGGUGCCCACUGUUUGCAAGAGGACGCGGCACAUGGCACAAGUUGGAAGGAUCAAAGGGGAGGAACUGUGUGUUGUAUGUGGGGACAAGGCAUCCGGAUACCACUAUAAUGCUCUCACCUGUGAGGGAUGUAAAGGUUUCUUCAGAAGAAGCAUAACAAAAAAUGCUGUAUACAAGUGUAAGAGUGGUGGAAACUGUGAGAUGGACAUGUAUAUGAGAAGAAAAUGCCAGGAGUGUCGACUUAGGAAGUGCAAAGAGAUGGGAAUGCUGGCAGAAUGUCUGCUGACAGAUAUCCAGUGUAAAUCUAAAAGGCUCCGGAAGAACACCAAGGGCUCCCCAGGACAGGAGACUGGAGAUGAGACAGAGGUUGUAGACAACACAGACAGCAAACAGGUCACUUCAACCACAAAACUGUCAAAGGAAAAGGUUGAAAUCACUAAAGAACAGCAAGUGCUCAUGAGAGUUAUCGCUGAUGCUUACAACAGACACCAAAUUCCUCAAGAUGUGGCCAGAAAACUGUUGCAGGAGCAGUACAGCGCAGAGGAAAACUUCCUUUUAUUAACAGAAAUGGCAACAAGUCAAGUUAAAGUUCUGGUGGAGUUUACCAAAAAUAUUCCAGGGUUUCUAUUGCUGGAUCAUGAAGAUCAGAUUGCUUUGCUGAAGGGUUCAGCUGUGGAAGCCAUGUUUUUGCGCUCGGCUCAGAUUUUCAGUCAAAAGAUGCCUCAUGGACACACAGAGGUUCUGGAGGAGAGGAUACGCAAGAGCGGCAUGUCGGAGGAAUUCAUAACACCCAUGUUCAAUUUUUAUAGAAGUAUUGGUGAACUCCACAUGAUGCAGGAGGAACAGGCGCUCCUCACUGCCAUAACCAUCCUCACACCAGAGCGACCUUAUGUGAAGGAUCAGCAGGCUGUGGAGAGGCUUCAGGGGCCCAUGUUGGAUGUGCUGCAGAAGGUCUGUGCUCUGCAGCAUCCGCAGGAGCCACAGUACUUUGCUUGUCUUCUGGGUCGCCUGACUGAGCUGAGAACACUCAGCCACUACCACGCAGAAAUGCUCAUGUCUUGGAGAACGAAUGACCACAAAUUUACCCCACUGCUCUGCGAGAUCUGGGAUGUGCAGUGACAUCAUGAGAAAAGGAAGGAAGUGAUAGUUUUUAAGUGACAGCCUGAACAUUUCAUCUUGAAUAACAAAAUCAUGGUCCAACCCCAGUGCAUAUUUACCCUGGAUUACAGUAUAUGAUUAUGGAAUUAAAGCCUGUUAAAAGAUUGAAAAUGUUUCCUGUCCUCAAUAACAGUGAGUCCACAUUAGUCAGGGAUUAAUGAAUAAUUAACAAGGUUAUUCUACACAAGGAUUUUUUUUUCCAUGACUCACAUCAGAGCUAUUUACCAUCAUUGUCCACAUAAAUCUGAUAUGGCAGGAUUAUUGGAGCAAAAAAAAAAAAAAAAGCUCAAAAGUUAUGAUUUGUCAGUGUUGCUACUGCCACCAUCCAAACCUGUCUGUAUCCGAUUGCGGAUGCUAAAACUCAAAAAAGGCCUUUAUGGAUUCUGAUUACAUUUGUGUAGACAGGCUCCUGGGGUCAAAGACAUUUGAUCAUCUUUUGGUGAUCGUAUCUGCAUCAAAAU